CGAAAGAUAACAGCUUCCUGAGUUUUGUCCUCCGCCACAAGGCUUGCGAUAAGCAGCAUAACCUGAAAUGCUCCCCCGCGUGUUAUUGUGUGGCGAGAUUGAGUGUGUCCAGGAUGAGUUGAAGGAGAUGUUUGAUGGCAUCGCCGAAGUCAUACGUCUGGUUUCAGAAUCUCGUUCUCAUUUCCUCUCCUCAUUCGGGCCCGGUGGACCAUAUGAAGGGUCUGUCGCCUUGUACAGGCUCAACGAGUCUUCUGAAGGUAUAGGGAAAUUUGACGCGCCAUUAAUCCACGCUCUAGCCGAUACGAGCAUGGUCCGCUGGAUCGCUCAGAGUAGCAGUGGUUACGAUGAAAUCGACGUGCAAGCCUGCAAAGAACGAGGAAUAAUGGUGUCGAAUACUCCAGGAGCGAACGAGGAUGCCACUGCCACUGCCACUUUAUACCUUAUGCUAUCGUGCCUACGACAUUUCUCGAUGGCCGAACGCUCCCUUCGCUCUGGUACAUGGAGGACACUCUUUAAUCCAGCGCAAACUCACGACGUUACUGGGCGCACGCUUGGGAUCUUCGGCUUAGGUCGCAUUGGUCUGAGAUUCGCUCGCCUUGCGCACGCCUUUCCGAUGCGCAUCAUAUACUUCUCACGAAGGAAGGCAGAAUCCGUACCAGACUGGUGCGAAUAUGUCUCGAGCGUGGAGGAGCUCUGCAAGCAGGCUGACGUAUUGAGCCUACAUGUCCCUCUCAACCAAUCCACAGCUGGUAUGAUUGGAGAGAAGGAGAUCAGAACCCUGCGACGGGGAAGUGUGCUUCUCAAUACGUCGCGAGGACGAAUAGUGGAUCAAGAGGCAAUGAUACGAGCACUGGAGGACGGUCAUCUUUCAUCUGUCGGCUUGGAUGUAUACCCUGAUGAACCGCACGUAGAUCCACGCUUAUUGACCUUCCCACGAUGUGCGCUUAUGCCGCAUGUCGGGGGAGACUCAGCAGAGUCAGAUAGGACAAGAGAACUGCAAGCAUUGGGAAACCUGAGAGCCUUUGUACUGGGUCGCGUUGGGGAAGAUGUUGUCCCUGAACUGAAGACGGAAAUCGGCAACUCGACUAUCUUGUAAUCGCUAGCAUCAGGCUGGACAAGGCGUAGCAUAGAAGUAACAACUACCUUCCCUCAUCUGAUGAUAGAAUGUGGUUCGUAUAAUGGGGGAGAAGAUUGAUCAC